AAAAUUGUUAGAUUUAUAUAUCAAAUAUAUGUUUCGAUUAUGGCUUCUACAGAGACUCGAUUGAAAAUUAUUUUCUUUUCUAUGGAUGGUGUUGGUCAUGUUAAUGCUUGUAUCGGGCUAGCACAAGCAUUGGCAAAUCGAUGUCAUGAAAUAUGUUUUUUAACUCGUAAGAACUUUGCUGGAACAUAUGAACGAUUUGGUUUCAAAGAGUUGAUCUGGGGCAUUGAGGACAACACCAAAAACAGUAAUGAUCAAAGUAAAAUUCAUCCACUCAAAGCUCAACAAGAUAUGCUUGAUGGAAUACGUAAAUCUCCAUUUCUUUCUAACAAAUCAUCCAUCGAAAAGCUGACAUCAUUGGCUGGACAAGAAGAUGACUUUAUGAAGAAAAUGAGUCUUGAGAUUCAAGAAGAGCACCCACAUAUUAAAAUGUUAAUCGAAAAAGAGCUACCUGACUUGAUAAUUGUCGACCAUUUUAUUGUGGCUCCAUGCAUUGCAUAUGGUCAAAUUCCAUGGGCUUUUUUGUUUAGCGGCAAUCCGGCUUUCUUUUUCGAAUCACCGGAUAUACCACCAGUUAUGUCAGGUUAUUCAUCAAAUGAUCGCACGGGCUGGGAUGAAUUCCGAGAAAAAUUCAAUAAUACAUUCAAAUUUGGAAUGCGUAGUAUUCAGAAUUCACUUAACAAAAAUUUGGGCUAUCCAGAAGUGGAUGAAAAUCAAUUUCUUUUCAAAUCCAAAUACAUGAACAUCUAUGGGUAUCCAGAAGAAUUGGAUUAUACUGAUUUGAUUACGUUGCCACAAAAUUUUGUUCGUCUUGAUGCUUUUUGUCGUGAUACACCCGAAACGUUCGAAUUACCGGCUGAAUUCAAAGAAAAAAUUAAAUCAGGAGAUAAAUUAAUCUACUUAUCAAUGGGUUCGAUGGGAUCUAUCGAUGUAAAUCUGAUGAAAAAAUUGGUAGCUGAACUAUCUCAAUCUUCUCAUAAAUUUAUUGUUUCUAUGGGCGCUGCUCAUGAUGAAUAUAAAUUAGCAGAUAAUAAUAUGUGGGGAAAAGCAUUUUUACCUCAAACUAAAAUUAUACCAUUAGUUGAUCUAGUCAUCACCCAUGGUGGCAACAAUACAGUUACUGAAACAUUUUCUUUUGGAAAACCAAUGAUUGCAAUGCCAUUGUUCGCAGAUCAAUAUGACAAUGCACAACGUAUCAAAGAAAAAGGUUUCGGUGAUCGAUUAGAUCCUUAUUCAUUCAAUGAUGGUGAAUUACGGACAAUGGUAGACCGAAUUCUCAAUGAUAAAGCCAUACGAGAUCGUUGUGAACGUGCUAGUUUACGAAUGUCGCAAACUAAUUCCAAGAAAAUUGCUUGUGAAAAAAUUGAAAAAAUUAUUCAAGACCUCAAAAACAAAAAGUCUUAAAUAUGUUUGCAUUGGAUUUUAAUGGAAUGAUCGAUGAUAAUGAUAAUGAUUCUUCACGAAUCGUUUAAUGAUGAUUAGAAAUAAUAAAAAGUUUCAAAAG